AUGACAUCAGAGGCAUAUGGCCCUCCUAAAGGGUAUGUCUCAAUAGAGAAACAAGAGUAUGGAGGGUAUCCUCGUCCAUAUGGCUAUAAUCCUCGCCGUCGCCGUGGUGGUUUUGGUUUAUGCGGGUGCUUAAAAUGCCUCUGCUGCUGCUGUGGUAGUUGCUGCCGUUGCUGCAUUUAUAUGAUUCUGUUCAUAAUUAUAGUUUUGGUGGCAAUUGGUGUGGCUUUAUAUUACCUUAUUAAGCCUAUAGUUCCUUCCUACGACUUUGAAGGGAUUGAAAUAAAUUCUUUUGAAAUGAGAAAGGAUGAUAUGUUGUACACUGAUAUAGUGGUUGUUGUUAAGGCAGAGAAUCCCAAUGAAGAUAUUGGGAUGGACUACUUGGAAAAUGAAGUUACGGUAACAUACUCAGGGGCUGAACUUUGUUCUGGGGAGAUACCUCCCUUCUUGCAGCCAGGUAAGAACAUAACAAAUAUCAACGUUGAGUUGAAGGGGGAAACGAAAUUUGGUGCUCAAUGGCAAAAUCGUUUUAUGGAAGACCAGCAUGUAGGCAAAAUUCCUUUGUUAGUAACGGUGAAGGUUCCCAUAAGGUUUGUGAUUAAAGAUUUUAUUCAUCUCCACAAAAUUGUCGCUAAUGUAAAUUGCUCCUUGCUUGUUGACAAGUUGGAACCCAACUCAAAGCCUAGUAUUUAG